AUUGAGCUGCAUGUGCAUCUUGAUGGCGCUAUCCGAGUGGAGACCAUCCUAGACGUUGCCAAGUAAGUUCAUAAACCUGUUGAAUUCUUAGCAUUUGUAUUUUGUUUAAAUAGUGUGUUAUAACAGGUUUUGCAAGUUCUCUUUAAACAUUAACUGUCAAUUACCUUUGGUAAAAGGGCUAUUAGACUCAAGUGAUAUGGUUUAUUAGGUUCAUGUGACAUGCAUUGUUCUUUCAGUAUCUAUGUUUGGAACAUGUAGGCCUAGUUAUGGGGCUAUUUUGAACUAGUAAUUUCAUUUAAGUCAUUAAUAUACAGUGAGGGAAAAAAGUAUUUGAUCCCCUGCUGAUUUUGUACGUUUGCCCACUGACAAAGAAAUGAUCAGUCUAUAAUUUUAAUGGUAGGUUUAUUUGAACAGUGAGAGACAGAAUAACAACAAAAAAAUCCAGAAAAACGCAUGUCAAAAAUGUUAUAAAUUGAUUUGCAUUUUAAUGAGAUAAAUAAGUAUUUGACCCCUCUGCAAAACAUGACUUAGUACUUGGUGGCAAAACCCUUGUUGGCAAUCACAGAGGUCAGACAUUUCUUGUAGUUGGCCACCAGGUUUGCACACAUCUCAGGAGGGAUUUUGUCCCACUCCUCUUUGCAGAUCUUCUCCAAGUCAUUAAGGUUUCGAGGCUGACAUUUGGCAACUCAAACCCUCAGCUCCCUCCACAGAUUUUCUAUGGGAUUAAGGUCUGGAGACUGGCUAGGCCACUCCAGGACCUUAAUGUGCUUCUUCUUGAGCCACUCCUUUGUUGCCUUGGCCGUGUGUUUUGAGUCAUUGUCAUGCUGGAAUACCCAUCCACGACCCAUUUUCAAUGCCCUGGCUGAGGGAAGGAGGUUCUCACCCAAGAUUUGACGGGACAUGGCCCCGUCCAUCAUCCCUUUGAUGCGGUGAAGUUGUCCUGUCCCCUUAGCAGAAAAACACCCCCAAAGCAUAAUGUUUCCACCUCCAUGUUUGACGGUGGGGAUGGUGUUCUUGGGGUCAUAGGCAGCAUUCCUCCUCCUCCAAACACGGCGAGUUGAGUUGAUGCCAAAGAGCUCCAUUUUGGUCUCAUCUGACCACAACACUUUCACCAGGUUCUCCUCUGAAUCAUUCAGAUGUUCAUUGGCAAACUUCAGACGGGCCUGUAUAUGUGCUUUCUUGAGCAGGGGGACCUUGCGGGCGCUGCAGGAUUUCAGUCCUUCACGGCGUAGUUUGUUACCAAUUGUUUUCUUGGUGACUAUGAUCCCAGCUGCCUUGAGAUCAUUGACAAGAUCCUCCCGUGUAGUUCUGGGCUGAUUCCUCACCGUUCUCAUGAUCAUUGCAACUCCAUGAGGUGAGAUCUUGCAUGGAGCCCAAGGCCGAGGGAGAUUGACAGUUCAUUUGUGUUUCUUCCAUUUGCGAAUAAUCGCACCAACUGUUGUCACCUUCUCACCAAGCUGCUUGGCGAUGGUCUUGUAGCCCAUUCCAGCCUUGUGUAGGUCUACAAUCUUGUCCCUGACAUCCUUGGAGAGCUCUUUGGUCUUGGCCAUGGUGGAGAGUUUGGAAUCUGAUUGAUUGAUUGCUUCUGUGGACAGGUGUCUUUUAAACAGGUAACAAGCUGAGAUUAGGAGCACUCCCUUUAAGAGUGUGCUCCUAAUCUCAGCUCCUUACCUGUAUAAAAGACACCUGGGAGCCAGAAAUCUUUCUGAUUGAGAGGGGGUCAAAUACUUAUUUCCCUCAUUAAAAUGCAAAUCAAUUUCUAAAAUUUCUUACAUGCGUUUUUCUGGAUUUUUUUGUUGUUAUUCUGUCUCUCACUGUUCAAAUAAACCUACCAUUAAAAUUAUAGACUGAUCAUUUCUUUGUCAGUGGGCAAACGUACAAAAUCAGCAGGGGAUCAAAUAAAUUUUUCCCUCACUGUAAUUAAUUGAAAUGAACAUUGAACAGAUGUAGCUAACUAUUGCUGGUUGUACUUUUAAAGUCCUCUGUUUCUGUCUGUAUGUCUGUCCCAGGCGACGUGGGAUCACCCUGCCUGCAUGCACAGUGGAGGACAUGACACAAAUCUGUGUGAUGCACCAGCCUGCCACCCUCACAGAGUUCCUUGGCAAGUUCGCAGAGUACAUGCACGUUAUUGCGUAAGUACUCUGAACAUGAAGAUGGCUGAGAUAAUGAGAUGCUGACUACUGCACUAAUCACCUGAGCUUUUGGUUUCAUAAUUAUCACAGGGAGGUGUUGUCUCAAGACUUCAAACUCAAAAGCAGUGGUGGAAAAAGUACCCAAUUGUCAUACUUGAGUAAAGGUAAAGAUACCAUAAUAGAAAACGACUCAAGUAAAAGUGAAAGUCACCCAGUAAAAUACUACUUGAGUAAAAGACUAAAAGUAUUUGGUUUUAAAUAUACUUAAGUAUCAAAAGUACAUGUAAUUGCUAAAAUAUACUUAAGUAUCAAAUAAUUUCAAAUUCCUUAUAUUAAGCAAAUCAGAUGGCACGAUUUUCUUGUUUUUAAAACGUAUGGAUAGCGAGAGGCACAACCCAACACUGAUACAUAAUUUACAAACAAAUAAUUUGGGUUUAGUAAGUCCACCAGAUCAGAGGGAGGACCAUUUUCCUGUCCUGCUAAGCAUUCAAAAUGUAACGAGUCAGGGAAAAUGUAUGGAGUAAAUAGUACAUUAUUUUCUUUAUGAAUGUAGUGGGGUAAAAAACGACUUAAGUAGUACUUUAAAGUAUUUUUACUUAAGUACAUUACACCACUGCUCAAAAGUGAGCGUUUGAUUAAUAUCUUGAUAAAUGAGUGUUAGGGUUAGGCCAGGGUGAGUUUACUUUAUACUGGUAGUGUUACAGCACAAGAUGGCGUCAAGGUGCUACACAACUCAUUUGUGUUUGUGUCAAGUUCAGUUUACAGGAUGUUGUGCUCCACCAAGCUCUUUAAUCAGAGUUAAUAUUGCAGAUAGCUCUUAGAUUGAGAUGAACGUUCAAUCUGUAGAGAGACAUGACAGGGAGAUGACAUGCACUGUACUGGAUGUACUAUACCUCUGUUUUAUUUCAACAAGAAUCAUAACUGCUGUACAGUGUGUUAGGAGUCUAGAGUCUAAAUGUAUUUGCAUGACACGCAAUGCAAUCAACAAACUUUUAAAGAACACGUGAUCACCUAAUUUGUUACAUUACGGCUAAAAAAUGAAAGUGAGAGGGAAUUUUGGAUUGGGACUGUUAUUUGUAAUGAUCGUGGAUUGUGUGUGUUAAAUAGCAGCCCAAUUGGGCUACCUUCACUUUAAUACCAGGGCUUGAUAUGUCUUCUUCCUGGUUAGUGAGUGAAUGAAAUGCAGACAGAGACAGUAUUAUGCCAUGUUUCCUCUGGUGGCAAGACUAGGGGGUCGGUUAGUUGAAAUGCAGAUCAUGCUGCACAGAGGAGCACGUCAUGAUGCGAGCAGGUGUCUCUUUGGCAACAAACUAAACUCACAGACAGAGUCUAGGUUGUUAUGGAUUUUGUUCCCAUUACAACACUACCUUAUAUUUAACCCAAAGGCUACCAAAAUUUUUCACAUUUUGACCCCAAGGUGGUACAAUUGAAAAAAGCAACAAUCCUAGUAAAAAUCUGAACUCAAACCUCACCCACUGCUCAGACUAUACAGUGUUUUAAAGGGUAAUGUGAUGUUUCAGUUCUCUGCCAGGCUAACCAGUAACCUCCCACAAGUAUGAAAAUAAACAAUAAUGGUUUGUAGUGGUAGCCUCUAGCCAGGGCAUAGCAGCUGCUAGCUAGCAGUUAUGCUGAAUAAAGCAUUCUUUAUCAAGUCCUUCCCUUGAAAGCCUUGUUGUUGCGUCUGGUGCUACCCCCCUACACGACAACAACAAAAUGGGGAACUUGCUAGCUGCGUUUUGGCUCAUGCAGGACUUUUGUGUAUGUAGGUGGAUGGAUGAGCAUGGGGGUGGGGGAACAACAAGCAUUCAGACCAGGCCAGUUAGUAACAAGCAUUCACUAUUUCACUUCCAGUGUAAAAGCUGGAAGCAGUCUUUUUUCCAAUCAUGUGAUGUGAAACAGAAUCUGUGUUGUGAAGUCAAAAAGCAACAGAAAGGGAAGCGAUUCUAGGCACAUCUGUUUGAGUGAGUUUGCAGACAUUUCCCACUCCUCCAACAUACCCAUUACUCCACAGGGACUUUUACAGAAAUGUGUACUAUAAAACAGAAUGAUAUGCACUCGAAAUCCAAUGAAACUAAUACACAGGCUGAUCUUAUGUCCUCUAUCUUCAUUACAGGGAUAAGGAUAAUUACAGGGAAAUGAUAAUUACAGGGAUAAUGAUAGUCAUUUUCUCCUCCAGACAGUCAGUCCUAUUGGCAGUAGCAGUGAAGGGCUCAGUGCAAGUCAAGUGCAGUUCAGAGGUCACAGGGAGUGUUUGUUCAAUGGCUUGCUGUGCUCUGACUCUGUGACAGUAAUAGUCCUGGUGUGGUGUGCUGAGGAUUUACCAUCAGAUUACCCUUCUGCUAUUCAGAGAAACACUACUAACCCUGUACUACCCCUGUACUAACCCUGUACUAACCCUGUACUAACCCUGUACUAACCCUGUACUAACCCUGUACUAACCCUGCAGGCAAAGAGGGACACAAUGCAAAGAACAGUUGGCUGUUCCUAGAACGUUUCCGGUGUUUUCCUAAAUCAAGUUGUUUUUAAAAUAUAGCUUUAUCCCAAAAAUGUAUUUGUACCUGGAUAAGCAUAACUUGAGGAAAUCAAAAAAAAAAUGUAGGGCCUUUGUUGGUGACUAAUCAUUUGCAUUACCUGCCAUAGUUGAGUAAAUAUUUGUUGUUUCUCUUGGUCUUCCACUGAUUUUGUAUUACUUUUCCAGUGGUGACAGAGAGGCGAUCAAGAGGAUAGCUUAUGAGUUUGUGGAGGACAAAGCCAAAGAGGGGGUGAUCUACGUUGAAGUCAGAUACAGCCCACACUACCUGGCUAACACUGACGUAAAACCCAUUCCAUGGAACCAGAAAGAGUAAGUGGAUGAUAUUAUGAUAUUUUGCAUAGUCGGUAAGGUAGCUGACAGAAAAGUGUGAAUUUGAAACAUACUGCAUGUGUGAUUGUCACACUAUGGACUGUCAAUAUAUGGACAUGUGCAAUACAGUACUUCUUUGAGUUCCUUGUGUAGGUAUCUGUUCUUGUUCUUAGAGAUCAAACAUAAUAAUAAUAAUAAUAAUAUGCCAUUUAGCAGACGCUUUUAUCCAAAGCGACUUACAGUCAUGACAACAUAUAACAUUAAACAUAUAAAUGCAUUCAAGAAUUCUCUCUGUGUUGAUUUCACUGUCUCUCUUCUCCCAGAGGUGACCUGAGCCCAGAUGAGGUGGUUCACUUGGUGAACCAGGGACUGGCUGAUGGAGAGAAGGCGUUCAAUAUCAAAGCCAGGUCCAUUCUGUGCUGCAUGCGCCACAUGCCAAGUAAUGCCCUCACUGUCCUGUUCAUGCUCCUGUCCUCUGUCUGGCUCAUCCCCUCCUUAUUGUCUGUAGUUCUCUGUCUGAAGUUUUCUGUCUGUAUUAAAAAAGUAUACUUUUUGUUGUUGUACAUUCUACCCCUAUUUCGUGAUAUCCAAUUGGUAGUUACAGUCUUGUCCCAUCGCUGCAACUCCCAUACGGAGUUGGUCGAGAGGUCGAGAGCCAUGCGUCCUCCAAAACACAACCCUGCCAAGCCGCACUGCUUCUUGACACACUGCUCCCUUAACCCGGAAGCCAGCCGCACCAAUGUGUUGGAGGAAACACCGUACAGCUGGCGACCCAAGUCAGCGUGCAUGCACCCGACCGCCACAAGGAGUCGCUAGAGCGCGAUGGGACAAGGACAUCCCAGCCGGCCAAACCCUCCCCUAACCCGGACGACGCUGGGCGCCACCUCAUGGGUCUCCUGGUCGCGGCCGGCUGCGAAACACCUCUAGCACUGCGAUUCAGUGCCUUAGACCGCUGCGCCACUCGGGAGGCCUGUCUGUAGUUUUCUGUCUGUGGCUCUCUGUCUGUGGCUCUGUCUAAAGUUCUGUGUCUGUGGCUCUCUGUGAUCCUUAUCACACUGUAGAAGGUUGCAGGCCAAACAUCUCACAUUUAAAAACACUGUCCACACUUCCUGUUGUGGUCAUUUUCUGAUUGUGUCCCGUUUCAUUCCAUCUAUACUUGACAAUGGUGUGAUACUGUGCACAUUAGUGAGUUUUCUCCUUAGCUAACGUCACCAUUUGCUGACUGCAUGCAGACACUAAAAAGGGGCUCUUGUUUUUAAAUUGUAUCACUAAAUGAACAAUUGCAAGUCUCAUCUCCUAUGUUACAGUACAGAAUAGAGCUAGCAUUGUCUCUCAUACAAGAGAUCUCCUUUUAGGGUUUCCCAAACUCGGUCCUCGGGAUCCCAAGCACGUUUUGGUUUUUGCCCUAACACUACACAUCUGAUUCAAAUGAUCAAAGCUUGAUGAUUAGUUUAUUAUUUGAAUCGGCUGUGUAGUGUUAGGGGAAAACCCAAAACGUCCACCCCUUCGGGUCCAGGGGACCGAGUUAUGGAAACGCUGCGUAUUAGUUAAGUCAUUUGGAUGGAUGUAACUUUCUGACUUCCCAGAGCAUAGUAUCUGUUUUUGUAAUUACAUGUAACAAAAUGUCAGUGGCUAUUUUAGGCAGACAUUCCAGUGAACAGUUCUGUAGUAAGAUUUUUUAUUUGUAUUCUGCUUUUAAGUUAACAGGACAAUUUGACCUUUUCAACCAUUACUUUCCAUGAGCUUUUACUGGGAUGAUUGGCAUGAUUCACAUUGUCUCUCAAUCGUGGACUGCAGCGUACCAUUUAGAUAACCAUUAGGUCAUAAAAUCUAGCAUGAAAACAUUUCAGAAACAUCCCCACAAAUCAAACAUUGUGCGUUUUAAAAUCAAAUCUGUUUGACCUUACUGGGAUGCUAUUGCUGAUAGAUGUGUGUGUUGUUGCGUUGCGCAGGCUGGUCCAUGGACGUGGUGGAGUUGUGUAAGAAGUAUAAGAAGGAUGGAGUGGUGGCUAUUGAUCUGGCAGGAGACGAGUCACUCAACUGUGAGGCCUUACAAGGACAUAGGAUGGCCUAUGAGGUAACUUCCUAACUUUGAACCUUCAUGUCCAAUUUAUACUGUAUGUGCUGUAGUCAACUCUUAUCAUUGUCACGCCAGCAUGCAUGGUUUAUGGUAACAAUAAAGGACUAGAGUUGGCUUUAGCACAUAGUAUGCAGGAUAUGAGGCUAACCACUGUCCUACUAUCAUGCAGCAUACCAUGCUCAGUUUUAUGGCUUAAAGUUGAGAGAUCCCACUCCAACUCAAGUCCUUUAUCAUUACCAUAAACCAUGCAUGCUGGCGUGACAAUGAUAAAAGAGUUGACUACAGCACAUACAGUAUGAAUUGGACCUGGUUCCUCUCUAGGUUUCUGCCUUUCUAGGGAGUUUUUCCUAGCCACCGUGCUUCUCCAUCUGCAUUGCUUGCUGUUUGGGGUUUUUAGGCUGGGUUUCUGUAUAGCACUUUGUGACAUCUUGUCACGGUUCUCUAAGACAGAACCCAGAAGCAGACCAGGACACAGUGAGUUGAACGAAGGUGAGGGUUUAUUUACAGAUUCAAAAGAUGCAGAAUAAUCCAGGAGACGGAGCGGGUGGUGGAGAUGAGUAGAUGGAGGUGAAGUGGCAGAUUAAAUGAUGGCACGGCAGGGGUUGGGUGAAGUUUCCGGGAGAAUGACUGUAGACAGAAAAAACAGAGGUAAGUACAAGGCAGGUCAACAAGGUGCAAAAACAACAAAACUAACGCUAGUACUCAGAGGCUGAUACGCUGACAAAACAUACUGUUAAUGGCUAACGAUCCGGCAGGGAACGGAUGUCAGGUCAGAGCUUAAGAAGGGGUGAUGAUCAGGACCAGGUGUGCCGAGGCUGAUGAGAAGCAGGUGUGGUUAAUCGAGAGAUCACCCGCCUAGCAACGUCGCCCGGCAACCAGACAGGGUGCGUUCAGGCACCUACAGGAAACAGGAGAUACCGAGCAGAAAAACGGCAACACAGGCAGGAACAGACUCAGGACGCAGGGUUCAUGACACAUCUGGUGAUGUAAAAAGGGCUUUAUAAAUACAAUUUGAUUGAUUGAUUGGGAGCAUAGAGCAAAGGUGUGCUGAAAAUACUAUACAAAUUCUUCACAUUUGACACUGUUGGCUACCCGUUUUCAGAUAACAAAGUUAACAUACAACCAAUCUUUACAAGGCAUGUUGCAGAACCGCAGACAUUUAAGUCCUACAAUUGGUUGAUUUAUUUGACAACUAGACAAUUAUUUGUACCUUUCUUAUCAUAAUAACUAAUUGAGUUACUCUGUAGUAGAACCCAUACAGUACAUUGAGACCUUAAGGUCACUUUAGAGACACAUUUGAUGGAGAGAUCAUUCUUGUGAGCCAUUUCUUGAAACAAAAUAACGUAACAAGAAUAAUAAAUGACUUCAGAGCAAUAAAACUAUUUGUGCUGUAGUUUAGAAACACUAUACAUUGGUAAUAAAUGUAAUAAUAAAAAGUUGGCAUACGUCAUUUCAACAACCAUUUCGUUCGGACUGCGCACAUAGAUCUAUUUUCCUUGUUUAUGGUGGUUUGUGAUGGAUUUACAUACAAGACCGUUAAAUCAUUCCCUCAGGACAACAUCGGGGACACUGUGGUAAGGUUGACCAAAGGCUGGAGUGAUACAUUUGGACAUGCCAGGGCAAAAUACUAGGUCCUGGACUAAAUGGCACUUUCAAUGGAGAAUCUUCAUUGAAUAUAAGCAUGCCUUUUAGACCAGCACUAGGCUCAAUUUGCGUCUGGGCAACUGGCCUUAAGAGAGUAUUAAAAGAGACCACUGCACUAAUACAGACAGUUAACAUAACUGAACAAGCUCUAGAUUCAGAUUUUUUAGAAGCAAUGCUGGGUUUUGUCAAAAUCAGCCAUUUCUCAAAUGUUGUUGGUGAGAUGUAGUUAUUUUCAGUCUAGCCCUUGGCAACAAAAAAGAAGCUCCCUACUCGUGACAGCAGCAUGAGCUCUUGGAAUCUCGGAGGUCUUGGAAUAAUGUUGUGACUGUAGGUUCAUCCAUGUAUAAUUACAUAGUUUCAAGACAAUGAAAUGUAUUUCAGUCGGGACUAACUGCAUUGCUAAUGUAAAACCCAUAUAGUUCUGUGGUUAACUUGGCGUUGAUGCUUUCAUGACCGACCUUGUUGACAGGAAGCAGCGAGAUGUGGGAUCCAUAGAACAGUCCAUGCUGGAGAGGUGGGCCCUGCCUCUGUGGUGAAAGAGGUGAGCUUUCCUUUCCUGUACAGUCUUUGGGGAACACUAAAUAUGUCCAUUUUAAAUUAUAUGUCUAAUGGCAGAUCAACUUGACCCAAGACUUCCUCUACUACUCAACACACAGCAGCAACACCCACGUCAUACACUGAACUACGUUAUAAGUGACUGCAUUGUGAAAACAUCUCCCCUCCCCUUUAAUAACAACUUAAAUAUGUAUUUCAGACAUAAACAACUGAACAACUUAGUACACACAGCACACACAGCUUUUUUUAAAGAUAUAACGUUAGACAUGGAAAUCUGCAAAGGUGUUGCUACUGCUCUCAACAACAUUGCUGCCCAGAAUUUAGCAAGCGCUAUCGACAAAGAUCAGUGGGAGAAAGUUGUGAGUUUAUGCGUUUUAAGAUCAUUUAAUCAAAAACAUUUUAAAGGUAAAAAAAUGUCAGUUUCUAAUCUUUUUGUUGUUGUUGUUGAAAUGAUCAAAUCAUUUGACAACCCUGUUUGUAAGCUUUUAAAUGAUACAGUGCCUUCAAAGUAUUCAUACCCCUUGACUUAUUCCACAUGUUGUUGUGUUACAGCCUUAAUUCAAAAUGAAUUAAAUUGUUUUUUUUUCCACCCAUCUACAUACUGACAAAAUGACCACGUUUUUAGAAAUUGUAGCAAAUGUAUUGACAAUGAAAUAUCUCAUUUACAUAAGUAUUCACACCCCUGAAUCAGUGCUUUGUAGAAGCACCUUUGGCAGCGAUUACUGCUGUGAGUCUCUAAGUGGAUUGUGCAACAUUUGCCAUUAUUCGUUAAAAGAAAUCUUCAAGCCCUGUCAAAUUUGUUGUUGAUCAGGGCCUCCCGAGUGGCGCAGCGGUCUAAGGCACUGCAUCGCAGUGCUAGAGGCGUCACUACAGACCCAGGUUCGAUCCCAGGCUGCAAUUGGCCCAGUGUCGUGGGGUUUGUCACACAACAAUGCCACAGAUGUUUUGAGGGAGCGUGCAAUUGGCAUGCUGACUACAGGAAUGUCCACCAGAGCAGUUGCCAGAUAAUGUAAUGUUAAUUUCUCUACCAUAAGCCGCCUCCAACGUCGUUUUAGAGAAUUCGGCCUGACAACCGCAGACCACUUGUAAACACGCCAGCCCAGGAUCUCCACAUCCGGCUUCUUCACCUGCGGGAUCGUCGGAGACCAGCCACCCGGACAGCUGAUGAAACUGAGGAGUAUUUCUGUCUGUAAUAAAGCCCUUUUGUGGGGAAAAACGUAUUCUGAUUGGCUGGGCCUUGCUCCCCGUUGGGUGGGCCAGUCUCCCAAGUGGGUGGGCCUAUGCCCUCCCAGACCCACCCAUGGCUGCACCCCUGCCCAGUCAUGUGUAAUCCAUAUAUUAGGGCCUAAUUUAUUUAUUUCAAUUGACUGAUUUCCUUUAUAUGAUCUGUCAUUUAGUAAAAUCUUUGAAAUUGUUACAUUAUGCGUUUUAUAUUUUUGUUCAGUAUAGAUUUAAGUCAAAGCUGUAACUCGGCCACUCAGGAACAUUCACUGUCUUCUUGGUAAGCAACUCCGGUGUAGAUUUGGCCUUGUGUUUUAGGUUAUUGUCCUGCUGAAAGGUGAAUUCAUCUCGCAGUGUCUGUUGGAAAGCAGACUGAACCAGAUUUUCAUCUAGGAUUUUGCCUAUGCUUAGCUCCAUUCAGUUUAUUUUUGAUCCUGAAAGACUCCCCAGUCCUUAACGAUUACAAGCAUACCCAUAACAUGAUGCAGCCACCACUAUGCUUGAAAAUAUGGAGUGGUACUCAGUAAUGUGCUCCCGAGUGGCGCAGCGGUCUAAGGCACAGCAUCUCAGUACUUGAGGCGUCACUACAGACCCCCUGGUUCGAUUCCAGGCUGUAUGACAGCCGGCUGUGAUUGGGAGUCCCAUAGGGCGGCGCACAAUUGGCUCAGCGUUGGCCGGUAUAGGCCGUCAUUGUAAAUAAGAAUUUGUUCUUAACUGACUUGCCUAGUUAAAUAAAAAUAAAUAAAUGUGUUAUAUUGGAUUUGCCCAAAACACAACACUUUGUAUUCAGGACAUAAAGUUUAUUGCUUUGCCAAAUUUUUUGCAGUAUUACUUUAGUGCCUUGUUGCAAACAGGAUGCAUGUUUUUGAAUAUUUUCUAUUCUGUACAGGCUUCCUUCUUUUCACUCUGUCAAUUAUGUUAGUAUUGUAGAGUAACUACAAUGUUGUUGAUCCAUCUUCAGUUUUCGCCUAUCACAGCCAUUAAACUCUGCAACUGUUUUAAAGUCACCAUUGGUCUCAUGGUGAAAUACCUGAGUAGUUUCCUUCCUCUCCGGCGACUGAGUUAGGAAGGAUGCCUGUAUCUUUGUAGUGACUGGGUGUAUUGAUAAACCAUCCAAAGUGUAAUUAAUAACUUCACCAUGCUCAAAGGGAUAUUCAAUGUCUACUUUUUUAUUUUACCCAUUUACCAAUCGGUGCCCUUUGCGAGGCAUUGGAAAACCUCCCUGGUCUUUGUGGUUGAAUCUGUAUUUUAAAUUCAAUGCUAGAUUGAGGGACCUUAGUCCUUCAAAAACUAUUAUUGCACACAGAGUGAGUCCAUGCACAUUGUUACUCCUGAACAUAUUUACAGUAGCCAUAACAAAGGGGUUGAGUACUUAUUGACUCAAGACAUUUCAGCUUUUCAUUUGUAAUAAAAGUAUAUUAUAUAUAUAUAUAUAUAUAUUUUUUUUUUUUUACAUCAUUUCACUUUGACAUUAUGGGGUAUUGUGUGUAGGUCAAUGAAAAACAAUCGCUAUUAAUAAAUUUUCAAUUUAGGCUGUAACACAACUAAAUGUGGAAAAAAUCAAGAGGUGUGAAUAAUUUCUGAAGGCACUGUAGCAUGGUAUGGUGGGGUAUGCAAAAUGGGUCAACUUUGAGCACCGCUAUCUCCUGAAUAUUUUGAAAUUCAGGUCCAAAAAGUCACUUUCUGACCACUUUUUCCAUGGGCAAACAUGUAUGGAAGGUUUUGUUUAAAUCAAUAGGGAUGCUGUCAAAAUGUGAUUGAAUUCAUAUGGAUUUACCCCAAUAGCCAGUAGUUCUGCUAACAUGUGUAUAUGAAAAUAUUUUUACCUUAACCUUUGUGCAUAGCCGUGGGAAGUAGGGGUGCUGAGGGUGCUGCAGCACCCCUUGAUAAAUCACAAUGAAAAAAUAAUUAUAUAAAAUUAAAAUAAAUCACAAUCACAAUUUUGUCACUAGACCUUUAUUACACCCAUAUGAGUGGAGAAAAAUAUACUCGUCAGCAGAGCGGGGAGAAAAAUAACCCCUCCCCCAAAAAAAACAUAUUUAACAUGCCUUUGUGAAUUGCUUGGUGACCCAUAUCUGAUGUCUUCUUCAGGCUGUGGAGGUCCUGAAAGCAGAGAGAGUAGGACAUGGUUACAACACUCUGGAGGAUCAAGUGUUGUACAAACAGCUCCUGGAACAGAACAUGCAUUUUGAGGUAAGAAUGUGCACAUUUAUAUUCACCUGUAAUGACAGUUACAUUGAACUUUGUAGACAUAGUAUAUUACAUGAUGUAUCACUAUACCUCAUAAAACAAGUCAAAUAGACCGUGUACAAAACAUUAGGAACACCUUCCUAAUAUUGAGUUGCACCCCCUUUUGCCAUCAGAACACCCUCAAUUCGUCGGGGCAUGGACUCUAUAAGGUGUAGAAUGCUGGCCCAUGUUGACUCCAAUGCUUCCCACAGUUGUGUCAAGUUGGCUGGAUGGCCUUUGUGUGGUGGACCAUUCUUCAUACACACUGGAAACUAUUGGGCAUGACAAACCCAGCAGUGUUGCAGUUCUUGACACACUCAAACCGGUGCGCCUGACACCUAUUACCAUACCCUGUUCAAAGGCACUUCAAUCUUUUGUCUUGCCCAUUCACCCUCUGAAUGGCACACCUACACAAUCAAUGUCUCAAUUGUCUGAAGGCUUAAAAAUCCAUAUUUAACCUGUCUCCUCCCCUUCAUCUAUACUGAUUGAAGUGGAUUAACAAGUGACAUCAAUAAGGGAUCAUAGCUUUCACCUGGAUUCACCUGCUCUGUCAUGGAAAGAGCAGGUGUUCCUAAUGUUUUGUCCACUCGGUGUCUAUCGUACCAUGGAGGCCUGUAUGGCAGCUAGUGCACAGUGACCUCUGGUGGUCACGGAGAAACAUCACACAGACUAGUCUCGUCCGCUAGCCGUACAUCUGACCCCGUCCUGAUUCACCACUCCUUAUUUUGAAUUCUGCACUUGUACACUUUCUGGCAUGGAUUUAACAAUUUAACAUGGAUUUAACUUACACUAAUCGUAUGUUUUUUUAAACCAAUGAGUGGGAGUGUGCAAGGGCACACUUCUGGAAAAGGUUGGAGCCUAUAGGUACAUGAAGGAAUGCUGUGUGAUUUCAGGUGUGUCCCAUAUCCAGCAAACUGACUGGAGCCUGUAAUCCAGACUUCACAGAGCAUCCUGUCAUCACGUAAGCGGUCUUUCACUCAGUAUAUUAUUAGAAUGAUACUUCUUUGGAUCAAGUUUCACCUAUUCAUAAAGAUCGCAGUACAGGCUUAGCUAGUUUCAUUUUGGUUUGGGUUUACUUCCUCCCCUCUGAAUGACGUGUGUGUGUGUGUGUGUGUGUGUGUGUGUGUGUGUGUGUGUGUGUGUGUGUGUGUGUGUGUGUGUGUGUGUGUGUGUGUGUGUGUGGGGGGGGGGUGUGUGUGGGUGUGUAGGUUCAGGGAGGAUAAGGCCAACUACUCCCUGAACACAGAUGACCCUUUGAUUUUCAACUCCACCCUGCACUUAGACUACAGCACUGCCCAGAAGUACAUGGGCUUCACUGAGGAGGAAUUCAAGAGACUGGUACAAAGCACAUUUGAACUCUUAUUCCUAUUUGGCAUUGUGGUUUAAUACCGUGAAAUACUAUCUACCACUGUUGAUAAUACCAUGUACAGUGCUUUCAGACCCUUUGACCUUUUCCACAUUUUGUUACGUUACAGCUUUAUUCUAAAAUGGAUUAAAAAAAAAAAAAUCUCAGCAAUCUACACACAAUACGCAAUAAUGAAAAAGUUAAAACAGUUUUUUGGAAAUUGUAUCAAAUUUAUUCAAAAUAAAAAACAAAAAUACCUUAUUUACAUAAGUAUUCAGACCCUUUGCUAUGAGACUUGAAAUUGAGCUCAGGUGCAUCCUGUUUCCAUUGAUCAUCCUUGAGAUGUUUCUACAACUUGAUUGGAAUCCACCUGUGGUAAAUUCAAUUGAUUGGACAUGAUUUGGAAAGGCACACACCUGUCUAUAUAAGGUCCCACAGUUGACAGUGCAUGUCAGAGCAAACACCAAGCCAUGAGGGCGAAGGAAUUGUCUGUAGAGCUCCGAGACAGGAUUGUGUCGAGGCACAGAUCUGGGGAAGGGUACCAAAACAUUUCUGCAACAUUGAAGGUCCACAAGAACACAGUGGCCUGCAUCAUUCUUAAAUGGAAGAAGUUUGGAACCACCAAGACUCUUCCUAGAGCUGGCCGCCCAGCCAAACUGAGCAAUUGGUGGAGAAGGGCCUUGAUCAGGGAGGUGACCAAGAACCCGAUGGUCACUCUGAUAGCGCCCCAGAGUUCCUCUGUGGAGAUGGGAGAACCUUCCAGAAGGACAACCAUCUCUGCAGCACUCCACCAAUCAGGCCUUUAUGGUAGAGUGGCCAGACGGAAGCCACUCCUCAGUAAAAGUCACAUGACAGCCCGCUUGGAGUUUGCCAAAAGGCACCUAAAGACUCUCAGACCAUGAGAAACAAGAUUCUCUGGUUUGAAGAAAACAAGAUUGAACUCUUUUCCCUGAAUGCCAAGCAUCACAUCUGGAGGAAACCUGGAACCAUCCCUACGGUGAAGCAUGAUGGUUGCAGCGUCAUGCUGUGGGGAUGUUUUUCAGCGGCAGGGACUGGAAGACUAGUCAGGAUCGAGGGAAAGAUGAACGGAGCAAAGUACAGAGAGAUCCUUGAUGAAAACCUGCUCCAGAGCGCUCAGGACCUCACACCGGGGCGAAGGUUCACCUUCCAACAGGACAACGACCCUAAGCACACAGCCAAGGCAACGCAGGAGUGGCUUCGGGACAAGUCUCAAUGUCCUUGAGUGCCCAGCCAGAGCCCAGACUUGAACCCGAUUUGAAGAUCUCUGGAGAGACCUGAAAAUAGCUGUGCAGCGACGCUCCCCAUCCAACCUGACAGAGGUUGAGAGGAUCUGCAGAGAAGAAUGGUAGAAACUCCCAAAAUACAGUUUUUUUUUUUUUUUUUUCCUUUAUUUAACUAGGCAAGUCAGUUAAGAAUAAAUUCUUAUUUACAAUGACGGCCUACACCGGCCAAACCCGGACGACGCUGGGCCAAUUGUGUGCCGCCCUUUGGGACUCCCAAUCACGGCCGGUUGUGAUACAGCCUGGAAUCGAACCAGGGGGUCUGUAGUGACGCCUCAAGCACUGAGAUGCAGUGCCUUAGACCGCUGCGCCACUUGGGAGCCCACCUGUGUGCUAAGAUUGUAGCGUCAUACCCAAGAAGACUCGGGGCUGUAAUUGCUGCCAAAGGUGCUUCAACAAAGUACUCAGUAAAGGGUCUGAAUACUUAUGUAAAUGUGAUAUUUCAGUUUUUAUUUAUUUAUUUUUGCAAAAAAAAAUCGAAAAACCUGUGUUCGCUUAGUCAUUAUGGGGUAUUGUGUGUAGAUUGAGGGGAAUUAAACAAUGUAAUCAAUUUUAAAAUAAGGCUGUAACGUAACAAAAUGUGGAAAAAUUCAAGGGGUCGGAAUACUUUCUGAAUGCACUGUGUGUAAAAUACUACAGUAUCCUCACCUUUGGAUGGUUUAAUGAUUCUCUCUCACUCACCUUGUUUUCCAGAACAUAAACUCAGCUAACUCCAGCUUUUUGCCUGAGAAGGAGAAGAAGGAUCUUGUGAACAAGUUGUAUGAAGCCUAUGGAAUGGUGGAGAACACUGGCUUUUAAAUGAAGCACUGAUCAGAUUCGCUUAAAUGGCAAUACAACAAACCAGCAACCAACCACUUUAAACUCUUACUUCCCCAACUUGGCACUCUGGAAUGUCUAUGCUCCUUCCUAUGCGUACAUAGAUUGAACCAGCAAUACAUUAUUGUACUGCUGUACAUAGCUCAAACACUCUCAUCGCAAUGAAGAAAACUGUUAAUCAGUAUUCCAUCUAACUGUGGAUCCCACGGAUAAAGCAGUUGUUUAGUCUACUGUGAAUUGGUGCAGAAAUGUAAAGGUGGUCUUAAAUAAUUUGUUAUUUCAACCUGUUUGGUCUUUCUCAUAGUGAAACACAGUAAUAACUUACCUUGCCUCAUCAAACAACAAGCACUUUGUAUGCCUCACAGUCAAUUCUCAAAGUACUUUUUGCAUCCGGUAUAUAUCAUUCAUGGAAUGUAAUAGAUGUGUACUAUGCAUUUAUGCUUGAAGGAAAGUACUUUUCAUUAACUGGUGGUAAAGGAAAGCUAUUGUGUACUAUACAUCAGUUAUGCCUAGGCCAAGUGAGAUAGGCCCAUAGACCAUUCGAAUCACCAUGCCCACAACUCGUUUUUUAAAUGUUUUUAUUUUUAUUAAUUUUUUGGGGGUAGAUCAGCUUAAUAUUGUAGAUGGAUUGUAACUUCCAUCAA